AUGGACGACCGUGAGUGGAAAACCGUCGUCCAAAUCGUAGCUGUUAAAACUCAAUCAACUUUUCAUCUGAGCCGCAUAAACUCCAAUCUGGCGGUUGUUUGCAGUUCAGUCGAUCGGGUACUACUUCUUCUACCCAUGAUUCCGUCUCUACCCACGAUUGUGUCCAUGCUGGCGGGGUUCGUAUCAGGAGAAGGUUUCGAGUUGGCCUGGUCGAACAUCUUGAUUGAGUUUGGAUUUCGAUCACUCGUAGAAACUUGGAACUAG